AUGGCCACACUGUUGCGAGCUUUUUCCAACUUUUUCACCAAACAUCCUUUGGCGGGAAACGGUUUGGUGUAUGGAAGCUUGUACGUGGGAGCGGAAUUUUCGCAGCAAACAAUCACCAGAAAAUUCCUAACUGAGCCCCCACAAGAUAUUGAUAAACCGACACUUGGCCGAUAUGCAAUUAUGGGAACCUUUAUUUAUGCUCCGAUCCUCUACAAUUGGUACAAAUGGUUAGAUAGGUCCUUUCCUGGAACUGCCAAACGCAUCGUUGUGAAAAAGCUACUGCUGGAUCAGUUUGUGCUCACGCCACCGCUGUUGGUGCUAUUCUUUACGGGUAUGUCUCUGAUGGAGCAACAGUCCAACAUUCUGGAAGAGUGUAAGCAGAAAUUUAUGCCAACCUUUGCCCGGUCUUGCAUUUUCUGGAUCCCCGCGCAGACGCUCAACUUCCUGAUGGUGCCUCCCAAAUUCCGCGUCGUGUACGUCGGUACCUGUGCCUUCGCCUGGGUCAACAUUCUGUGCUGGGUCAAGCGACAGAAAAUUGUCAGCACAAAGACGGACGCUUCCGAAGCGCAGUGA